AUGAAUAAGUUGAUUUCUAAAUGUCCCUAAUAUUGUGAUUCUUGCUCUUCUCCAACUAAAUGUACCAAAUGCAAAAAUAAUUUCUAUUUAAGCAAUCUUUUUACUUGCAUAAAUAAUUGUUUUGCAGACAGAAGUUGUGCUUGUCUUAAUAAAGCAUAUGCAUGUGAUUAAUCGGGGAGAAAACCUGUUGUUUGUAAUUCAGGAAAGUUUGUAGAUCACAAUGGACAGUCUUAUCCAUGCCCAAAUAAUUGUUUAUAGCUACCUCCAGGUGUAACAUGUACUAUUUGCUAGGGCACAUAUUUACAUAAAGAUGGAUCUUGCGAUUUUAAAUGUCCUGCUACAUUUGUGAAAAAUGAUAAAAAUUAUUCAUGCGAUUGUCGUCAAAAUAGUGAAUAUUCAAAAAUUGAUAAAAAUUGCCCUUGUAAAGAUGGAUAUGUUGAUCAAGGAGGAGUUUGCUAAGAAUGUAUAUUACCUAAUUGUAGUAUAUGCGCAUCAUUAAUAGAAUGUUCCAAAUGUUCUUAAGGAUAUUAUUUGUUAAACAAAAGUUGUUUGUCUGAAUGCCCACCAACAUUUGUAGCAAAUAAAAUUAAAAAAUCAUGCGAUUGUCCUCCAAAUAGUACUAUUUUUGAAAAUACAUGUCGUUGUAAUCCUGGUUUUUUUGAAGUAGAAUUCGAUUGCAAAUUGUGCACAAAUAAUUGUAGUGUAUGUGCUUCAUAAACAUCUUGUUCUAAAUGUGAAAAGAAAUAUUACUUACAUUUAGAUGGAUCUUGUGUGUCUAAAUGCCCAUCUACAUUUGCAGUAGAUAAUUUAAAUAAAUUAUGUAUUUGCCGUCCUAAUAGCACCUUAUCUGAUAAUAAAUGUGCUUGCAAUCCAGGUUAUUUUGAUGAAAAUAAUAUCUGUAAGUAAUGUGAAUCAAAUUGCACAUCUUGCUCAUCAUAAAAUGUUUGUACUUAGUGCAAUUUAGGAUUUUACUAAUCUAUGGGUGCUUGUUAAGCUUGCUAAUAAAAUUGUAAUGAAUGCAUAUCAUAGACAAUCUGUACAUCAUGCAAAACAAAUUAUUAUUUACAUGUAGAUGGAACUUGUGUCUAAGAUUGCCCAUCAACUUUCAAAGAUGAUACUUAAAAUUAAAAAUGUGUAUGCCGUGAAAACAGUACUUUAUAAAAUAAUGUUUGUCUAUGUAACAUUUAACACUUUGACCAAGAUGGGAUAUGUUAACCUUGUAUUUCUAACUGUGAUGAAUGCUUCUCAAAGAGUGAUUGCACUGCUUGUACACUAGGAUAUUAUUUAUAAAUUGACUAAACAUGUAAUAGUACUUGUCCACCUACCUUUACAUAUUCUUAACAAUAGAAAUGUAUAUGUCGUCCUAACAGCAUUUUAGAAUAUGAUUAAUGCUCAUGCAAAACAGGAUUUUUUGAUAUUAAUGGUAAUUGCGAUUCUUGCUCAUAAAAUUGUGAUUAAUGUACCUCAUAAUCAGCUUGUACACUUUGUUCAUCAAAUUAUUACUUAUUUAUUGAUUCAACCUGUGUUUCCUCAUGUCCAAAAACAUUUUUAGUAGAUUCUUCUAAUACAAAAUGUAUUUGUAGACCUAAUAGUUUUUUAUAGGACAAUAAGUGCAUUUGUAACAGUGGUUUUUUGGAAUUAAAUGGAGAAUGCUUGUAAUGUCCUCAAAAUUGUGAAAUAUGCGCUUCUCUAACAAAUUGUCUUACUUGUUCAUCAUCAUAUUACUUAAAUGUUGAUAAAAGUUGUGUAUCUUAAUGCCCAGAUACUUUUAUAGGAGAUUCUGUUAAUAGAUAAUGCCUAUGUCGAUAAAAUAGCACUUUAACAAAUGAUAAAUGUACAUGCAAUACAGGGUUUUUUGAUUUUAAAGGGUUAUGCUAACCAUGCACAUCAAAUUGUGAUUAAUGUACCUCAUAAGAUGUUUGUACUCUUUGUUCCUCAAAUCAUUUCUUAUUUAUUGAUUCAACCUGUGUUUCUUCAUGCCCGCAAACAUUUUUAGAAGAUUCCUCUAAUAGAAAAUGUGUUUGUCAACCUAAUAGUUUUUUGUAGAACAACAAGUGCAUUUGUAACAGUGGUUUUGUAGAAUAGAAUGGAGAGUGCUUGUAAUGUCCUACAAAUUGCGAAAUAUGCCCUUCUCAAACAAGUUGUCUUAUUUGUUCAUCACCAUAUUACUUAAAUAUUGAUAAAAAUUGUGUUUCUUAAUGCCGAGAUACUUUCAUAGGAGAUUCCGUUAAUAGAUAAUGCGUAUGCCGAUAAAACAGCACUUUAGCAAAUGAUAAAUGCACGUGCAAUAAAGGAUUUUUUGAUUUUAAUGGGGUAUGCUAACCCUGCACAUCAAAUUGUGAUUUAUGCACCUCAUAAUCAGUUUGUAUUCUUUGUUCAUUAAAUUAUUUCUUAUUUAUUGAUUCGACCUGUGUUUCUUUAUGCCCACAAACAUUUUUAGAAAAUUUCUCUUAAAAAAAAUGUGUUUGUAGACCUAAUAGCUUUUUGCAAGACAACAAGUGUAUUUGUAACAGUGGUUUUGUGGAAUUAAAUGGAGAAUGCUUGUAAUGUCCUCAAAAUUGUGAAAUAUGCCCUUCUCUAACAAAUUGUCUUACUUGUUCAUCAUCAUAUUACUUAAAUGUUGAUAAAAUGUGUGUAUCUUAAUGCCCAGAUACUUUCAUAGGAGAUUCAGUUAAUAGAUAAUGCAUAUGCCGAUAAAACAGCACUUUAACAAUUGAUAAAUGUACAUGCAAUACAGGGUUUUUUGAUUUUAAAGGGGUAUGCUAACCAUGCACAUCAAAUUGUGAUUAAUGUACCUCAUAAGCAGUUUGUACUCUUUGUUCCUCAAAUCAUUUCUUAUUUAUUGAUUCAACCUGUGUUUCUUCAUGCACACAAACAUUUUUAGAAGAUUCCUCUAAUAGAAAAUGUGUUUGUCGACCUAAUAGUUUUUUAUAGAACAACAAGUGCAUUUGUAACAGUAGUUUUGUGGAAUUAAAUGGAGAAUGCUUGUAAUGUCCUCCAAAUUGCGAAAUAUGCCCUUCUCAAUCAAAUUGUCUUAUUUGCUAAUCACCAUAUUACUUAAAUAUUGAUAAAAAUUGUGUAUCUUAAUGCCCAGAUACUUUCAUAGGAGAUUCAGUGAAUAAAUAAUGUGUAUGCCGAUAAAAUAGCACUUUAACAAAUGAUAAAUGCUAAUGUAGCACGGGAUUUUUUGAUUUUAAUGGGGUGUGCUAAUCCUGCUCAUAAAAUUGUGAUUAAUGUACCUCAUAAUCAGUUUGUACUAUUUGUUCCUCAAAUUAUUUCUUAUUUAAUGAUUCUACUUGCGUUUCUCUAUGCCCAUAAACAUUCUUAGUAGAUUCCUCUAAUCAAAAAUGCACAUGUCGUGCUAAUAGUACUUUGUAAAAUAAUAAGUGCAUUUGUAAUGUUGGUUUUGUGGAAAUAAAUGGAUAAUGUGAGUCAUGCUCUUCAAAUUGCUAUAUAUGCUCUUCUUAAGCAGUUUGUCUUACUUGUUAGCCAGGCUAUUUGCUAAAUUUUGAUGCAACUUGCAUUACUUAAUGUUUACCUACUUUUGUCAUAGACUUUACUCAAUAAAAAUGUGUUUGCCGUACAAAUAGCUCUCUUUAAAAUAAUAGCUGUCCUUGCAAUGUAAGUUACUAAGAUGUUUCAGGUGUUUGCUAAAAAUGUCCUUAAAACUGUGAUUAAUGCUCAUCUUAAAAGGUUUGCUAAGUGUGUUCCUCUGGAUUUUACUUACACAUAGAUAAUACUUGUAUUUUUUAGUGUCCUAACACAUUUGUCAAAGAUUCAACUAAUACUAAAUGCCUUUGUCGUCCUAAUAGCACUUUAAAGAAUACACAAUGUCCUUGUAUAUAAUCAGGGUUUAUAGAUGUUAAUGAUAAAUGUUUGAACUGUCCUAAAUAUUGUGAUAAGUGCUCUUCAUAAACAAUUUGCACUACUUGUAUAUCAGGAUACUAUUUAACUAGUAAUUAGACUUGUUCUUCUCGAUGUCCUUCUUCUUAUAUAUUAGAUCCUACUAAUACAAAGUGCAUCUGCCCAAUCAAUAUGGAAUCUGUAUCCCAUGCGAUUCUAAUUGCUUGA